AUGAGCGAGACUCACAGCGAUGACGCUGCUGCACUUCACCAUAUUUUCAGCAGCUCCUCAUCCAUUCGUGGCUACCACACCGCAGCAGCGACUCCUGGUUACAAACGCACCAGCCGGCCUUCGCUCGAUCUGGACUUCAAGUUCGGUGAGCCCUCGACGCCGAGACCAACCAGUCGUGUCGAGCAGCUAGGCCAGCAUAUCAAACAGAAGCUCUCUGGCGGACACCUAAGCAGGACAAGCUCAAAGAAAAGCAUACAGAAGUCGCUCCGUGAGACGAGUGAUCUGGGUGGCAUCGCAGAAGCCAGUCCUCCGGACGUACAAGGCACAGGCACCGCGCCCGCCAGCCACUCCACAGCGCGCCUGUCUUGCCUGCUUGCUUCCAGGAACGCCAGUCAGGGUGGUUAUGAUAGUGAUGCGAAGAGCCUCGACAGCCCUGUGCUCGCCAGCAGCGCUGGAACCAUUACUCUCAAGUCGGGACUUGUACAGCAGACUCUUGAAAAGCUGGAGUCGCAACGCUCAUCCAUUCGGUCACUCACAAGCCCUCCUUCAAAGCUCAACAGGGUUUCAGGUCACGGUCGGUCAAAUGCACUGAAGGGUCUUCCACCCAUUCCCUCGGUACCUCUCCGCAGAAUGUCCUUCGUGGAUGCCUUGCAGAUGCGCAAUGAUGAAACACCCAAGGAAGUCUUGCGUCGCGUGAGCUCCGGAGUCGACGAGGGAAGCAUUGAGAUAUCGACCUCUCCGGGAGUACGCCCCGGCCGUCUUCCCAGCAUCAUGGAAGCGAAGUCAGAUUGGCACCUCCUGCCUCCGAAGCGAUCGUCCAGCUUGCCCAGAAGUAUCGAGAUCAGGAAGAAACACGACUCCUCUCCAGAGACUACAAUUGCAAGGGAUAAGCGAGACACCACGUCAGAAAGCGGCAAGCGGAUAAGCUUGAUAUCCGAGCUCUAUCCUCAAUACCUGGAGUAUGCUGAGCAUAGAAAUUCGAGUGACACGGCGGACGUGGUGGUUCCCGUGCCGCGGCCCACGAAAGAGCUCGACUACAGCAAUACAAAUGGUGCUGCCCCUCCUGUGCAGCUAGAUGCCACCAUGGCCCCUUCAAGAUCGAAUACGAUGGCAUCGUCACUGUACAGAGACUCUGACUCCGUCCAUCUGUUCAACAUGCGGAUCUCCCAGAGGCUAGCAAGCCAGAUUCAAUUGCCCGUGCGAUCACCCACAAUAUCUCCAAGUGAGUCUCGACGGUCUUUCAGUGUAGAUGACUCGCGUAUGGUGAGCGGUCAUCGACGCAUCUCAAAUGAGCAUAAUCGGCAGCCAUCGGACCCUGCAACACGUCUGCUUUUCGAAAAUUUCUCGAAAGCAAGAGACCAAAGCCAGAGUUGGAAGACUGUCACUUCUGCCCACAGCGGCUCUUCUCGUCGAGACGUGCACCAAGCGUUGCAGGAUAACGCAAGCUCGUGUUAUUUGAGCAAUACCGCUCCACCGACUGACAGCCACUGCAGUACUGCUCGCGUCAGCAGACGUCAAUCGCUGCUCAAUCCGCACAGUCUUGCUGUUGGUGGCAGAUCGGUGUCAGGAGACUACUCGGACAUCCAAAGGCACAAUCGCGGCGUGAACCCUGACAGUGGCCCAUCCAGCGCCACUCAACGCCGCAAUAGGCGCUCAUCUGAGAACAAUCCGCCUGCGGCAUCCACUGCCUUCAACAGCCAACGCCUCGCUGAUGGACCAGUACAACGAGCUAGGGAGAGGGAGAUCAGUCCAACACCUUUGCCGAAGCAUCUGCGUGAAUCCAGAAGUCGUGCCGAGCAGAUGAGCGAGAUCAGCAUUGGCAAAGCAAUGGAUCGACGCAACGAGAACCUUACUGAGAUCAGUCUCACUGACUUGAAGGACUUGCACAAGACUGUCAGCUCUGCAACAAAAGCUGGCAGAUACGAUGUGCUACGGCUCACAGAUGGCGCCGAUUCGAUCGCACAGAGCGCUCCCGGUUCCAUCGGCCAGCGUACACCAAAGAUGGUUGGUGAUGCUCACUGCGAUCGGAGCCGGCGCAACAGCAAGCAACGGAGACCCACUCAAUCUCAAAGCACAGAAAACGCCGCGGACAAUUGGGCUCGAGCAUUUCGGCAAGCUCGCGAACUACCGCCGAACCAUGACAAGUUCUUAACAGUCCCAAGAUUCGACCGAGAUGGCAGGAAGAGAAGACUCACGUUGAGUACGGACAACGUGCCACCUGUCGUGCCAAGAAUCGAUUCCGGCUCGUCGUGGGACACUCGUAGAUCUCGGAGUGUGGAUGAUGCCCUCAACGCCACAGCACUCAAGAAGCACGCUAUCUCAUCUAGCGGUUCUCCAGGACCCGCACUGCGAGCUUCUGAUGACACUGCGCUGCCCCGUGGUCGACUUCAUGGUCAAACUCCCAAGGAACGCAUGCCGGGCCUCGGUGAUGCUCGCCAAGGCACUUCGAGCAGGAAAGGCCACACCUCAACCACGCCGCUGAAGAGCUUUUUUGACGCUUGGUCCAAGUUUCCCAGCCACACCCGGGCCGAACGUAAUGGUGCUGCUGGGGAAGCGGACGAUAUUAUCGCCCGCGAUUUUCUCACCUCUGCUGGUGGCGCACUGCCCCCAAAACAGUCAGACGAGAACAAGCCACCACUAAAUCACAAGUGGUCAACUAUUCUGCCCUCCAGCCUACAGAAGACACUCAACAAGAACAAGAGUAAAAGUAUGCCAUUGCGUGAUCGGGCUAUGCUCAGUCCAGCCGCGAGAGCGCGACAGAAUCGCAAAGGCCUUCUGGGCAGGUGGAAAAGAAUGUAUAGAAGCAGCAGCACUGAUUUUCGCAAGUACGCUCUUUUUCAUGGCCAUCGGAGCAGUGUCAGUCUGGGCGAUGCUCUCGAGUAUCCAGAGCUAGAGUGUCUAGGUGGUCAUAACCACGACUUACUCACGGAGACAUGUUUGCGACGUCUUCAAGAAAGUCUCGACGCCCAGCUGAGCCAAGAGACGGAGACAUCACAGCGUAAGAUCACGAAAAGAAUGUCAUGUCCGGAGAGCACGCAGUCUGGACCUGCUCGGCUCCCAAGGACGCAAGCGAUUGAUUGGGGGCGGUACUAUGCAGACUGCGUAGGUAGCCUUUCGGCACUGACAAGUGAAGCUAACACUCCGAAUGCUGAGACGAACGAGCCGGAAGGAAGUCGUAUGAGGAGCCCAGUAGGAAGUCCGGAGCUGCGCGACAGUACGCUCGAUUUCCAAAAGUCGCUGGGCAAAGAACAGGAGAGAGUCAAAGAGCGACUGAUGAAGAAGCUUGAGGACUUCGGUCCUGAUGGGCAUGUCAGUCACGAACACCAAGACGGUCAGGAAAUGGACGAUGAGUUGAAGCGAUUCAGCUCCAUGACGAAGAGCACGGUCGACACACUUGGAGCGAGCUCCAUCAAAACCAAAGAUCUGAAGAUUCCUGGGAGUUUUGGUUAG